AAUUAGCAGCUGUCGGAAUCUCCCUGCCUCCUGCAAUUUCUUUGCGCUGCAUCUCCUCAUGCUCUCCGAGUGUUUCAUCGCGUCGACGCUGGCGUCCAGCAAAGCGCCAGCGUCUGCGAGCCUCCGAGAUGUGGGUGUCUGCGUGCACGAAUUCCAGCCUACGUUGAACCUGCGCUCCACCUUCAAGAAGAGCUCGACGGCCGCCAAUUGCCUGGCCGUGAGCCCGUCGCAUGUCUUCGCUGCGCAGUCCGAAAAAGCCAUCGUGCAUGUGUAUAGCCGAGAGAAAGGCAACCAGGAAGCGACCGUGCCUUUCCCGGAGCGCAUCCGCAGCAUUGCCGUCGCGGGGGGGAAGAAUGGCGAUGUCCUGGUUUUGGGAACCGAAGGUGGACGGUUGAUUCUCUGGGAGACAUGCACCGGCCGACAAGUGGCUACGACAGCGUCGCAUCUGCGGCCAGUGACCGCUCUCGUGGUCGAUCCCAAUUCCAACUUCAUCCUGUCGGGCUCGUCCGAUGCCAGCGUCCAUGUCUGGUCGCUGGUGGAUCUCUUGUCCUUCACGAAACCCCCAUCUGGCCGUGAUCGUCAGCCCCCGAACUCUCCCAUCCGUACCUUCUCCAACCACCGCGCCGCCAUCACCUCGAUCGCUGUGGGCCACAGCGCUGGCCGAUACAACAUUGCCGUGUCUGCUGCUCAGGAUAACACAGCCAUUGCCUGGGAUUAUCACACCGGUCGCGUCUUGCGCACCUUCCUGUUGCCUUCCAGCGCGAUCUCUCUCGCGCUUGACCCGGCUGACCGCGCCUUCUACGUUGGCUACGAAGAUGGAAGCAUUCAGUCGAUUGACUUUUACAAGAACCAGUCCAUCCAGCACCCUCUUCACGACCCCUCGCUUCAGUCCACUCCUUCGCAGCCACCAGCAGAAGACCGGUGGACACCGCCGUCUACUGACUGCGGCGCAGCCCAUGCGCUCACUCUCUCCUACGAUGGCAUGACACUGCUGUCUGGCCACCAGAAUGGCAAGGUCCUGUCAUGGGCCGUUGGAAGGAAGAAGUACGCUUCAACCGCGGCCGACUACACGCACCCCGUUACGAACCUGUUCAUGCUCCCUCCUAACGGCAUCCCUCACCCUUCCCUCGACCUCAAGCGGGUGGCACACACCAUCAUCAAGCCCCGUUAUGACCACACCCUGUCCGAAUCCUCUCAAGCGGCCGGCACCGUCCCCGCCGAUUACACCUUCAGCACUCAUCUUCUCCCCUCCAUCUCCAACUCAGACACCGCCAAAACCGACGAAUUUACCGCCGCCUUUUCCCACGCCUACUUUCCCGAAUCGAUGCUUGAAGAAGGUCUCGCUGAACUAGCCGCCUUCGAUCAGUCCGGCAGCAACGGAGCGUCAGUCUCAUCGAUAGGACGUGGCAUAAGCGAUGAAGAACUGGCAGCCAAGGAUUCUCAAAUAUCCCAACUGGAGGAGCAACUCGCCAUGUUGAAGAAAAAAUCCUCCAUCAACGAGACGGCCCGCCAAUCCACGACCGAGGAAGUGACUCAGCUCCGCUCCGACCUCGCCAACCUCCACGACUACGUCAACGAGCUGCACGAAAAGCAAGCACAAGCCCAAAGGGAGAAGGUCCUCCGCCAAGCUCGCAAAGAGGAGCGCGAAACCCGCCGCCGGGAAGCCUGGUUUGCGGCCGAGAAGAAGGGCAAGAAGGGCGAUGCAGUUCUGCGCAAGAUGGACGCCGAGGAUACGGUUAUGACGAGCGAUACGGAUGACCAGAGCAGUGAUGAUCAGUAGGGUGUUUCUCCCUCUACCGAAUUCACCCCCUUCCGCCCAACAAUCUAUAAAACGAGAUCUACGGUAUUAUCAUUCACCAUCUCAUAUUCACGAUUGACUCUGCAUCGGACUUGGAUAUUUCCUACAUCAUCUGGCAGGCGCAACGGUCAAAAAGUCCCAUUUAGUAGACAGAUCACCUAUUUUCUACACUACCUGCCCUACCCUACCUUACACUACACUUGGUUAGACACGGAGCAUUGUAUAUAAAUAAUACACAAAAGUUC